AUGUCGCUUUUGUUGUUUUCGCGCCUUCUGCCCGGCCUGGGUGUAGCCGCGGCCGCAUUCUCGCAGAUUGCGCCGAUGGAAGAUGCAGCUUUGAAGUAUGGGCUGGGAGUGGACAGCGAAUGCGGAGACAAGGGACGGCAAGAGUGUUCUACCAGCGCACUUCAGAGAAAGGCGGUGGAACUCUCGGAGGAUGUGCUCCAGACAAAGGUUGUCUCCCACCUCAAAGACUGCAAUGCCAUGAACCAUCCGACCGAAGCACGCAUCUACCCAGAAGCACCCGACCUGGUCUACGUCACCAAGCGUGGUUGGGUGGGUUGCACGCCGCAGCUUUGCCCACAGGGUGGCGAGCAGGGGUCUUCAGUUGCAGCUGGACUGGCUGUAGUGAACGUCUCCGAUCCACGAGCCCCAGCCAUUGUUCACCUUUGGCAUUCGAGCGAGGCAGUGGAAGGCCAAGACCGUCUCGGGGAUCUUCUCGUCGUUGCUUCUCUUGCUAAAGGAGGUGUGUAUACAUUCGAUGUGCAGCAAUCCUCACAUCCACGCCUGCUGGCUUUCGCGGAUAUCCCAGAUGCUCCCUCAACGCUGCAUGUGAAGUUGCAGAAGGCCAAGGGCAAGAUCUAUGCGUUUCUCAGCCAAGGUUGGUGCGACGAUCCGCAGCUGAUGGGGUGCGACCGCUAUGGCUUCAGCAGGGUUCAUUCUGUAGAUGUUACUGACCCAGCUAUGCCUAUGCCCGUGGGCACAGUACACACAGGGGUGCAUGCACCAGAGUCCAUCACAGUCAAUGGGAACUUUCUUUAUGUCGGUGGCAUUGAGUCUCAGACAUUUGCCGUAGUAAAUAUAACAGAUGCAUCUCGCAUGCACGUGGUUUGCCAUGCCAACGAGUGCGCUACAAUGACAGCCAGCUACUACAACCAGAUGGUUGGGGACUACUUACACACUGGUUCCGACGGCUCUUUCAAUGCUGCUCACGGAGACACGCCUGCACUUUGGGUAGCUGCUUUGUGGGGGCACCCAGGGGGCGUGGCCGUUUUCAACGUCAGCCAGCCUGCUUUCCCCAAGCAAGUUGGGCUUCUCCUGCACAAGAAGAUGAGCAGAGCCAACCGCAUCCACAUACACUAUGGCAAGGCAGUAGUGCCCCUUGAACAAGACCCCGCCGGUGGUUUCGCUGUUGUUGAUGUUGCCAAUCCAUUGAUGCCACGACUGUUGGGCACGAUGUUUUUACCCUCGCAGGACACCCGUGUCUAUGCCUUGGUUGUGAAGGACAACAUUGUGGUCCUCUUUGUCGCGCGGACCUGCGAGAUGUAUGCAAUUGAGACACAGGGGCUGGGCCAGUGA